AUGUCGAAUUUAUCCAAACUUGAGUUUGUGGCAUUAGAUAUUUCUGGAAAGAAUUAUCUUUCAUGGGUACUCGAUGCUGAGAUUCACUUGGCUGCUAAAGGUCUUGAUGCCACUAUUACUCAGGGAAAUGAAGCAUCGAGUCAAGAUAAGGCGAAGACUAUGAUUUUUCUUCGUCAUCACCUUGAUGAGGGCCUAAAGAUUGAAUAUGUGACGGUAAAAGAUCCACUUGAAUUGUGGACUGAUUUAAAGGGGAGAUAUGACCACCUAAAGGCAACAGUGUUGCCAAGAGCUCGUUAUGAGUGGAUGCAUUUACGGUUUCAAGAUUUUAAGACCGUAAUUAAAUACAACUCGGUUGUAUUCAAGAUGACCUCCCAGUUGAAAUUACGUGGGGAGACUAUAAAAGAUGAGGACAUGUUGAAAAAGACACUUACUACUUUCCAUGCCUCAAAUGUGAUAUUGCAACAGCAAUAUCGUGAAAAGGAUUUUCAGAAAUAUUCUGAACUAAUCUCAUCUCGUUCCACUGGAGCUGCUCCAUUACCGGAGGCAAAUGUGGUGGGAGCACGUGAUCAAUCUAAAGUAAAAAGAGAUGAUCAUCGGGGCUAUAAUAAUGCACGAGAACGUGACAAAGAUAAAAGACGAUACAUUAAUCGUCAAGGUGGUGGUUAUAAUGAAAGGGAGAACAACAUGAGUUCUCAAAAUAAUCCCUCAAAAAAUAAUUGUCGUCGUUGUGGCAUGAAAGUCCAUUGGAAGAAUGAAUGUCGCACACAUGAGCAUUUUGUAAGGCUCUAUCAAAAUUCCUUUAAAAAGAAAAAAAAUAAAAGUGGUGCUUCCUCUUUCAAUGCUCGAGCUGAGUCACAUAUGACUCUUAAAGAUGAUGAUAAGCCGGGAACAUCUCAGAAAUAUGAUAAGGAUGUUGAAGCAAAUUUGGCUUUAAAGGAUGAUGUUUUUGAUGGCCUUGGUGACAUUACUCAUAUGGAAGUUGAUGACUUCUUUGGAGAUCGAAACUGA